AUGUUAGAUCCUAUAGUAACGUCUUCCAAAACAGAAAAAAAUGCAGAAUUCGAAGUAACGGACUCAGCUUUAUAUAAUAAUUUCAAUACAUCGACAACAGCAUCAUUAAGUCAGGAAGUUAAAGAACAUUCUGAAGAAUCCCGAAAUGGGUUGGUUCACAGAUUCGUCGAUUCAUUUAAAAGAGCUGAGAGCCAACAUCUCGAAGAUGACAACGAUUUAGAAGAUGGCACCAGGUCGAUGAAAUCCAAUAACCGUUUGAAGAAAUCUAUGAAAUCUAGACAUGUCGUCAUGAUGUCUCUAGGCACAGGAAUAGGGACAGGACUUCUAGUUGCCAACGCUAAGGGUUUGAAACUUGCUGGUCCAGGAUCCUUAGUCAUUGGCUAUGUUAUGGUCUCAUUCGUCACAUAUUUCAUGGUUCAAGCAGCUGGUGAAAUGGGAGUAACUUAUCCCACACUACCAGGUAACUUUAACGCAUACAAUUCCAUCUUUAUCUCAAAAUCAUUUGGAUUCGCUACCACUUGGAUAUUUUGCAUCCAAUGGUUAACUGUGCUCCCGUUGGAAUUGAUUACCUCUUCCAUGACUAUCAAGUAUUGGAAUGAUAAAAUUAAUUCCGACGUGUUCAUUGUCAUUUUUUAUGUGUUUCUAUUGUUUAUCCACUUUUUUGGUGUCAAGGCAUAUGGUGAAACAGAAUUCAUCUUCAGCUCCUGCAAGAUUUUAAUGAUUGCAGGUUUCAUCAUUUUAUCAGUCGUCAUCAAUUGCGGGGGGGCUGGUGUAGACGGCUAUAUUGGCGGUAAAUAUUGGCGCGAUCCUGGUUCAUUUGCCGAGGGAAAUGGUGCCACUCGUUUCAAAGGAAUAUGUUUCAUUCUUGUGACUGCAUACUUUUCCUUCGGUGGUAUUGAGUUAUUUGUUCUUUCCAUCAAUGAACAGUCUAACCCAAGAAAAUCCACUCCUGUGGCCGCCAAGAGAAGUGUAUAUCGUAUCCUGAUCAUUUAUUUGUUGACUAUGAUUCUGAUUGGCUUCAAUGUUCCUCACAAUAACGAUCAGUUGAUGGGUUCCGGUAGUGCAGCAACGCAUGCUUCACCGUAUGUCUUGGCAGCCUCUAUUCACAAAGUCAGAGUCGUGCCUCAUAUCAUUAACGCUGUUAUCUUGAUAUCUGUUAUCUCAGUUGCAAAUUCUGCUCUCUAUGCUGCACCGCGACUAAUGUGUUCUUUGGCUCAACAGGGUUAUGCCCCAAAAUUUUUGGAUUAUAUUGACAGAGAGGGCAGGCCUUUGCGUGCCUUAUUUGUGUGCUGUCUUGUUGGGGUCAUUGGCUUUGUCGCCUGCUCGCCACAAGAAGAGCAAGCAUUUACAUGGUUAGCAGCUAUUGCAGGCUUGAGUGAACUUUUCACAUGGUCAGGAAUUAUGCUUUCGCAUAUUCGAUUCAGGAAAGCUAUGAAAGUACAAGGAAGGUCACUGGAUGAAGUUGGUUAUAAGGCCAACACCGGUAUAUGGGGUUCGUAUUACGGGGUUUUCUUCAACAUUCUUGUCUUCAUGGCACAAUUCUGGGUAGCUCUGUCUCCUAUAGGUAAUGGCGGUAAGUGUAAUGCUCAAGCCUUCUUCGAAAGUUACUUGGCUGCCCCACUAUGGCUCUGUAUGUAUUUAGGGUACAUGCUUUACGAAAGAGAUUUCACCUUUUUAAACCCGCUGGAUAAAAUUGACUUAGAUUACCAUAGAAGAGUUUACGAUCCUGAAAUAAUCAGGCAAGAGAACGAAGAAAACAAAGAGAGACUAAAAAAUUCCUCAUUUUUCUUCAGAAUCUACAACUUUUGGUGUUAG